UGGAGUGAACCUAUAGAUAAUAUAAAAAUACUUUAACUUACUAAUAUAAUAUAUUAUCAAGCAGUGUACCAUGCCCGGUUUCAGACCUCAGUCUAUGAACAAGAAUUAAGAUCGCGGCGCCCAUAGUAAUAGGUAUACGUAUCCUAAUAAUAUACAACUGACAAACUGUAUUACUAUAUACUAUAUACAUACAAUAUAUUGGGAUACGGGCUAUACGGCUGCCCCUCCCAUACGUCCCAUGUCGGCGGUGGCUUCCCACAUUCUCAGGAGACAACAUUAGAGGGUAUAAACGCAUGAAUUGUUGAAGGUUUUUUAGAACAUGAAGUUCCUAGAGUCCAGUCCCUUAAUCUAUUGAAAAUACAAUUACAAAAUGAAGAUUUAACAUAUUUCUCAACUUGCAUGGCGUAUAAAUCAAGUAAAAACGAACCAGUAUUAUAUAAUAUUUUAUAUUAUUCUUCUUCUUCUUUGGCUUUUUACAGGCCUUUUAGGUCCAUUGCCGCAACAACAUACUGUCUCCAUUCUUCUCUGUUUUGUGCCGUUUCUUCGGCAUUCCUUAUUCCCAACAUCUUUAGGUCUUCUUUUAUUCUAUCAACCCAUCUCUGUCUAGGACGUCCUCUGGGCCUCUUUGCGUUUGGUUUCCAUGCGGUUAUUUGUCCGAUUAGUCCUUUUGAUCUCCAUACAUGCCCAGCCCAUCCUAUUCGUGCGCUUUUCAAGAUCCCAGUAAUAUUGGGUUCGUUAUAUAAUUCCUCUAAAUUUUUAUUGCUACGUAUUUCAUAUUCUCCUUCAUUGUUUUUGUUUGGGCCAAAUAUCUUUCUCAAUAUCUUUCUCUCAAAUACUUCUAACUUUUUUUCAUCUGACUUUUUAUAUUAUUAUAAUAUAAUAUUUUUAUUCGAUAAAUACGUAUGUGCAUAGUGUUCUAUUUAAUAUGUUUGGCCCAGUUAAUAUUUUGAGUUUGACAUGGCUGCCCUAGAGCCUAGACCUUAACUCUACUUACGCCAGUAAAAUUGCAUAGGUACUAUCAAUUAUCAAUUUAUCAUCCGUUCAAAUUCAAAUAAAUUUAUUAUGUUAUGCCUGCGGUUCUGCCGCAACGUCGCGACGAGUUCAUGCAAUUUAGUAUUGAGAUAUUUGACAGUAUAAUCCCACUUACUGCAGUUGUAGGCACACUGCAGUACUGCACACACGACACAUUUCCAUAGUCUCACAAAAUAUUGUACCAGAAACCACUGAUACGAAAGGUCGGCGGUUGAACAUUGUACUUUAUUCUGUGGUUGUACCUUAUUGUUCUUUUUGUUGUUUAUUAUUUUUAUUUUUCCGUGAUUCCUAGAAGUAUUUGUUGCGAGCUCUUGAUUGAAUUUUUGCGAAUUUUGCGAGUGAGUAUGCUACUGUUUGGCAGGGUUUUAAGUGGGAAAAAAAUCUGGAGGGGACUAAUAUCUCCACAUAGUUUUAAGCGUUCCAUGUAUAAUUAUUAAUUUUAUGUAUAAUGUAUAAUGUAUAAAAUCCUAAUUUGUUAAAGGGGACACUUUUUAACCGCCGUUAGAGGUAGGGGAACCGAGUCCUGCGUUUCCCCACUUUAACCCCUGCUGUUUGGUAGUUUUGAAUUUUUGAAAACGUUACAUUUAUCAUUUGAUCAGAGCCACUCACUGCCGUAAUUGUUUAAUAUUAUGUCAAACGAAUGCACUAUAAUAAUAUUUUGUUGUUAUAAAUUUAGUAAACUUGUGUUUAAAAAAAAUUACACUGAAAAAUGGCCGGUUGUGUCGAUCAAUUGUCUGAUGCAAUGGGUGCUUUGUCUUUCAACGAUAAUCACUGGAAUGAACUCGGAUUGGAAGACAGCAUUCGUAUGCAGCUAAGAAAAAUUGAAAAUGAUUAUGAAAGUAUUUUUUCAUGGGACAUCCAACAAUUAACAGGUGUCAAUCAAAAUCUUAUGAUGAACCUCAUCGAUAAGAUUCGCGAAAAACAAGAAAUGAUCAUGGACAAAGAUGAUGAAUUCAAUUUAAAUAGAUUUUAUUUGCAAUUAGUAGCUAGUUAUGAACUUUACAUUAGCAAAAGUUAUCAGGAAUCAUACUUGGAAAUUGAAAGAGUUCUUAAAUUGAUGGAAACCUGUAAAUUUGAUGAGUCUAAUGAACAGUACUCUGAUGCUUACUACCAUAUUGCUCACGCCACUAAUGCUUAUAUUGCAUUAACAUUGAAAAUUGAUUCAGAAAAGUUACUGAGAAAUAUUAAACAAAUCAAUAGUUUUAACCGAGCCGAAAAGUCUGCAAUUUGUGCUGUGAAAGCUAGAAUUUUUAUGGAAUAUCCACCAAAAGGAAAUGAUAUUGCUUUAAAAUUUGCUGAUCGAGCUCGUAUCCUUCAUUCUACUGAACCUGAAUGGAUAAUCAUUUGGUUAAAAGCUAAAGGACGAGUCAGACGUUAUUACUCACAAUUUAAAAUGCCGGAGGAUGAUGAAAUGGAUGGUGCAGAAAUGUUAUGCUCUACAAAACCUAAUCCUCGGCAUUUAAUUCAAGCCUCUAAACUUUAUAUGGAAGCAGCAUUUGUUAAUAAAUUAAAAAACAACCAAGUUGAAUCAAAAAAAUUUUAUAAGAUUUCAUCUGAUUUAACCUACAAAUCAGUUGAAUUAGCCAAAGACAAUACAAAACAACUUUAUUCUUGUCUACUCACAUGUAUCGAUUAUCCUAAAGAGUUAUUAUCAAAAUCUAUGAUGGACAAUAUAAUUACAAAACUGUCAAAUGUUGAAAAUAGCCGUGUGGAUCAAGUACUAGGCAAAUAUUAUUUAAAACACGAAAAAAAUUAUGAAAAGGCAAAAAUUCAUUUGUCUCGCGGAAUGGCUGCUGGUCAUUUUGGUAGUUCAUUGCAGUUAAUAAAAGUAGAGUGCCUGUUACAACCUGUUGAUAAAUUUCCUCUUGUAAAGACUUUAAAUAUGAUGUAUGAUGUUUUUCCAAGUCCAAAAAGGAGGCUUGUUAUUUUAUCACAAAUAUUGAUAUAUUACAAUUAUUUUGAAAAUAAUCCAAAAGAAAUGAUGCGCUUCCUAAAAAUGUACAUUGAUCAAGAUAUUGAUGAUACAUUUAAAAAACGCCAUUUAAUUUUUGCUCAUCCAUUAUUCCAAGUUAACGGAUUCAGACCAAAACAAUUUUUAAAUGUUCUACUUAAGGAAGUAAAAGAACUAGUGAAUAAGAAGAACACAUUGGACUGGACUUUAGAAGAAAAAAAAAUGAUUGACAACACAUUGGAUCAGUUGAAUAAAAUAUCAAAAUUACAUUUUUAUGAUAAUCAAUAUAAUGAUAAUAUUAAAAGCACUUUUCAUACCAAAAAUGAAGCCAAUUCAAAUAGAGGAUAUCAUAAUAAUAAACCAUAUAAUAAUAGAAAAAAUGAAUCUUGGCGAAAACAAAAGGUUGAUUUGUCAGGAAAUGAGUCUAAGAGUAGUCGUCAGCACCAUUUUGCUUCAAAACACAUAAAUCAGGAUAAGUUUUUAGAAAAACAUAUGGACAUAAACAUAAAACCUUCAACAAGUCAACAUAAAGUAAUUGAAAACAAUAUUAAAUUACCUGUAAAAACGCCUAUUGAGCCAAUAAACAGUUUGAAUAAUUCGGAUAGUAUUGAAACAAAGCUAAAAAAGUUUGAUAAUAAAUUUAGUUCAUUGGGCGAUUUACAUGUUGUUUCAUUAGAAAACAACUCUAUCAAUAAACCAAUCAGUAGUAGGACACAUGGCAGAGGUAGUAAUAGAUAUGGUGGUUAUAAACCAAGUUGGCGAAACCAACCAGAUGACUCUCAACAUCAGGACAACUUUGAAAUAUUUCACAACCGUGGGAUUAAUUCUCAACAAUCACAAAGAUAUAAAAACGAGUAUCCAAAAAAUCAACAUCAUGGAAACCAACCCAAUACAUAA